UCACGGCUAAGCAAAAAAAAAUAUACAUAAAGUUAAAAAUAAAUAAAUAUAAAUUGCAAUAAUGUCGAAGACGAAAUGGCAAAGCUGCCAAAGCAAACCAACCAGUCAAUGCAACUGCUCUCGACAGCGCUCCAUUUAUAGCAAAUCUAACAGCUGCCUCAAGUGCGUGGAGUACAAAUAUUGCCAGAACUAUCCAUGCGACAGUUGGGACUAUGCUCCUAAGCGUGAGGAUUUGGCUGAGCAAUGCAAAGAAAUACCAAAGCGUUCGCGAGUGGAGGCCGAUUCGAUGGGUCCUGCAGUGGGCGCAGCCUUCUCCACGCGUCCCGUAGUGCGACCCUGCGCAUGCAUGGAGGAGGAGAUGCAUGAAAUGACAUUUGCCCAAGACUUUGCUACUUACCUAAAGGCAUUCGCGCUAAUCUAUGUGCUGCCUGAGCGGCAGUGGAGUGGUGAGAACAUAGACAAGCUGCUGCGCGAGGGCGAGGAUCUGUUUCAAGAGAGCUCCGAGGCAGAUGCAGAGGGCCUGCCCAGGUCACAGGUUUAUACAAAUAUAGAGCAGCGCGUCAGUCGUAAAUUUAAGCUAGAAGGACAUAGUUUUACCAUAGAACUAUCGCCGGCGUUUAGGGGUACGGACCCAGAGCAUAGCAUGCACCAAAUGAAGCAGCUGAAGUCUAUGCUGCAACAAUUCUUUCGCAAGAGCUAUCAUGGUUUGUUCCUAAGCAAAGGUGGCUACCUGCUCAUCUGGCGUCGCCGCAAAUUCUAUUUUGUGCUGGAUGUUAAGGGACGCCGUGCCGCGGAUCUGGUCAGCGUGCGCUUUAAUGGCUUGGCCACGGUUGUCUGCGUGCAGAAUCUCAGCAAUGUUACGCAUUUGAUAACCAACUUGAGCAGCCACAGCUCCACUGAUCAGUUUACCAUACGGGAGCUGUGUGUGGUGCGUCUGGUCACGCCGGAUGGUCGCAUCUUUUUGCGCGAUUCCAAUCAGCGCGAUGUCCAGUACAGUGUUAUUAACAAGAACUAUGCGUAUCUGAAGAGCACGCUGCAUUUGUCUAUGAAUCCCAAGGAAACAUUGCGUAAUCACAGCAGCCUAAUGGUGGGCGUGGCCGCUAUAUUGGCCUCCAAAAUUGAUCAUCCCGCCGGGUGGAAUACGAACAUGUUUGAUCGCCUUAUGUGCUACGGCGUCGAGCUCUGUCGUAGCUGUUGGGGCGCAAGUGUGCAGGAACGUUUGCCCAUUGACUUGGACACGUUUCCAACACAGCUGCGCCUCGGUCAGUUUCUUAUGGAGCUACGUCUGUUGCCAAACUAUGCUUCAGGCAGAUGGAGCUGUGGCAUACGCUACCAGGGCAACGAUUUUGAAUAUGAGAUACGCCGCGCUUUGGAUAAGCAUAGCAAUGCCUUGUUUCAAAUCAAUAAUCAAAUGUAUGCGCUUUGGCGCAAGGAUGACUUUUACUAUCUACUCGAUCCCUAUCGCCAUACAGUCAUUAGUCCCGCACUGCAGACCAGCGAGGAUGAGGUAACCAAAUGGGCUACAGUGCGCAUGUUUCGUGAUCUGCCCACGCUGCUCAGCGUGUUUCAUCAGCUGCUCAAGGAGUCGAAUCGGCAGGCGCCCUUCAAUAUACACGUCGUGCACAUCAAGAAUUUGGUUAAAUGUCCAGCAGGCUAUUCAUUGAGGCCGUUGCCAAAGGAUGUGGACCUGGAGGUGUUGUCACUAAAUGAAGCAAUUGGUUUUCCCGUUGAGCUUAACAAUUGUGAAAGCAUAUUGGGUGAGAUUAGCGACUAUGAGCCUGACUUGGUGAGCGAGACGGAGGAUGGUUUCGACAUAGAGAAAUUCAAGCUGCUCGAUGAGAAGGACUUCGACAAGCUGGACGAGGAUGAAGGCGAAGAAGAGCAAGAAGAGGAGAAGCAGCAGCAAAAGAAAGCAGUGAAGGCCAAUAAGCAGUUGGCAGCCAAGAAGGUGACAAUAGACACCAAUCGUCCAGCAGCAGGUGGCAUUCGCAUCGUAGCUACUCCAAUCGACCCCAAGUCCCAACGAGUUGCUGGUGGCGCGCUAUCAAAAGCUGCCCAGCGCGCUAUGGAGAAGCAUCAGAUACCCUUGGGUGUGACAAUAAAUGACAAGCGGCAGGCAACUAUGGCUGCCGACAAAAAAGACGACAUAAAACCAGCAAAAGAUUUUUGGAAAGAUAAAUCAGCCAAGAAGGAGCCUUGCCAGUUGCAGCGCCCCAAGACAUUUGAGUGCAAAUGUCAAGCUGCUAAGCGCAAAUCGAAUGCCGCAUGCCAAACGGCUGCUGAUUGUGCCAACGUAUCGGAAAGUUCGGAAAACUCCUCCAAAGACAUCAGCUAUCCGGUGUAUACAAAAUUUCCUUACAAUUUGGCCAUUGCUGGCUCUGAGAGCGGCACUGUGGAGAGCCUGCAUCGUUUACUCAACUCGGCUUUCAAUGUGGCAAAUCGUGUGCUCAUCAUGACACCUUGGGGCAACUUUGUGGUCUUUAAAAUGCCCACUAAUCUACAUGAUCGCCAUGCUUUUUAUUUAUUUGACGGCUGCACCUGCAAUGUGGAUCGCUUUAGGCAUUUGGAUCUAAGCUAUGGCACUGCGGGUCUGCUGCCCUUUCGUUGUCAGUCCGACGUGGUCUGCUAUAUGAUUGAUUCACGCGAGUUGCGUGCCAUGAAAAUGCUCAACUUGCCUGUGGAAAAGGAGCAGCAGUUUGAAAGUCUGCUGAGCUGCGCGGCCUAGCUUACAAAAUCUUUUACAUUUCUGUUAUUCCUUUUCAAAAUUCAUUGUUUUAAAAUUGUACUUUUGUAUAAAAAAUGCAAAUCGUUUUAGCCAAGAAAAUGUUGCAGAGUCAAUUAAGCUGAAAGUUUAAUACAAUACUGACUCUAGGGCUCUCAAUAAAAAUGUUUAAAUACAA